AUGAACUUCGAAGACAUGCUAGCAAUUCCAAGCCAACAACCUUUACGAAAAGAAGUCCAGCUCCUCAUCCGCAUCCUUCAAAGGCUCCUGCUGCACCUCAAUUUCACUGCACUUCCACGGAUCGCCCUCAAACCUUCGCUCCCAGCACGAAGUGCUUGUGAGCUGCACAACCCUCAACGACCUACAAUACCGGUUCCACCCAGCCAAAUAGUCCCUCAGAUCCGCCUGCUCGAAUCCCAGGCUUUCGAUGGACCGCUCGAGAGGACACGGCCGUGGGAGGACCCAGCCGCCGACCGAGGAGGAGGAGAGCGAGGAAGAGGGCGGAUACUCGUCAUCGCCAAUGGAGGUAGAGGUGAAGAACCCGCCGCCGUCGAGGUAGACUCGGCGGGAGGUCAGGGUGCACGCUCGAUCUUGUAUGACUUUGAUCGUAUGCAGCUGCGUGAGGUCGAACAGCUACGGCCGGUUACCACAAACAAGGCCACCUUCGUUGGCCAUAUGCCCAUGGACCUCGAUGAUGUGGCGACUCUCAUCCCAGCCUCUGGUGUCCCCGACGAUGUGUGGAUCGACAUCUUCGAGUCGACUGAUUCACCUGCAGCAGUUGCGAUGCUCAGGCGGACAUGCAGAAGGUUCAACACACUCGGUUUAAGGCCAUCGUUAAGGGAACUUCGAUGGACGAAGAUGGAGAGCACAAUCAAAAAUCUGCAGGACUGGGAUCCGUCGGAUGGGAUCUACAAAGAUCUUGUUGUGUUCCCGAGGAAGGUUACAAUAGGUGUUCCCUUUGAGUUCAAUUCGCGAACGAAUAAGUUGAGCCAGGACGAGCGCGAGGCAGAAUAUGAACUUCACGACUGGAUUUACCGCCAGCUGCCCCGCUUCACAUCCCUCAACGAGGUCGCGUUCGAGAACACUGUCAUAUGUUCCUACGUGUACGCUGUUCUCGCGCAGAUCCCGGCCCUGCGCACGCUGAGCAUCUCCAACUGCUCCGCGACAUCCCUCAUCGUACCCUUAGCCGACCGUCACCUCCAACCCCCACGCGAUCUUCAACACCUACUCACUCACCACCCGGACCGGCCGCACCCUUAUGCGGGGUUGCUUGAGAACCUCCCAAUCACCCACCUAUCCUUCGACCUCGGGACAGCGGACCUGUCGGAUCGCAAUCUAGGGCCACCGCACCCUCUGCACUUCCUCGGCGGGCCGAACCUGACGUCGCUCGCGAUACGCUGGACGGAGCACGUAUCGUCUGUGUACACGAGGCGAAAGUGGACUUUGCCCCAGCUGACGGCACUCGAAGUGACGAUGCCGGUCCUGACUCGCGACCUCGUCGACACGCUCGUCGUGUUCCUAGACAAAUGCCUACUCAGGCCGAGGAUGAAGUUGUCGAUCAAGGGGCAUAACCUGAACCAGCAGGACACGACCGGAGCGGCGACGACACCAGUGACGAUACCGAUGAGAGGUUUGUGGUCGUACACGGGACCCCUUGGGCUCGUUGUUCGACAGGAGGAGGGAACAAUGACGCAGAUGGUGAUGAACGAGCCGCUGGAGUUGCCGGGGGUGUUGCGUGGGAUGAGGAGACUCCCGCGGCGCAUCAAGGAGCUGGAGCUGCAGGUACGGAAGUGGGACGUCGAGAUCCUGUUCGCGGUGCGCGAGCUCUUCCCGGGAAUCAGGAAGCUGAUAAUCAGGUACGGGAGUGGAAUGUUCCCUGAGGACUUCCUCGUCACGCUGGGUUCGAGCAUCUCGGAGAUUAAUACUGGAGAGAUCGCACUAGGAAAAGAGGUAGUCCUCGAUCCUUUUGAGUCUUGA